GUUGAAUACUAGACGAUCAACCAAUUAGAAACUCUCUACUUUGUGUCACUCGUUUGCCAACCAACACAUGUCGGCUCCCUUUCGUUUCACGGUUCCUUGUCUAUGUAGUGUAUGGACAGUAUAAGAUAUGCUCGGCACCAGUUUGCGAGAGGCAGCGGCUGCCUUUAGACUUGGACAACUAACCCCUACAGAGUUAUGCCAGAAGUGCUUAUCUCUCAUUAAGGAAACCUCAUUUCUCAAUGCGUACGUAACUGUAACUGAAGAGGUUGCCCUUAAACAGGCUGCAGAAGCAGACAAGCGCUUUAAACAAGAUAAGCCACUUGGCAUGUUAGAUGGAAUUCCUAUUGCAAUUAAAGACAACUUUAGCACCAAAAAUAUAGAGACAACAUGUGCAUCUAAAAUGCUUAAAGGUUACAUCCCCCCCUAUAAUGCAACAGUCGUCCAGAGACUUCUUGAUCAAGGAGCAGUGCUUAUGGGAAAAACAAACUUGGAUGAAUUUGCUAUGGGGUCUGGCAGCACUGAUAGCAUAUUUGGACCAGUGAAAAAUCCUUGGAGCUAUUCAAAGCAAUACAACGAGAAGAGAAAAGACUUUUGUCCUGGUGGCGAUGAAAAUUCUGAUUGGAUGAUCACUGGAGGAAGUUCAGGAGGCAGCGCUGCUUCUGUGUCCGCUGGAACAUGCUACGUGGCUUUGGGAUCGGAUACAGGAGGAUCAACCCGGAACCCAGCAUCUCACUGUGGCUUAGUUGGCCUGAAACCAACCUAUGGGCUUGUGUCUCGUCAUGGACUUAUCCCAUUGGUAAACUCCAUGGAUGUACCUGGCAUUUUAGCAAGAUGUGUGGAUGAUGCAGCAACUGUACUAGGUGUAAUUGCUGGCCAUGAUCCACAAGACUCAACAACAAUCCAGGAUCAUUUCCAGCCAUUCACUGUUCCAGAUGAAAUAGAUGUGACUAAGCUCUGUGUAGGAAUUCCAAAGGAAUACCAUGCCCCGGGAUUAUCUUCAGAAAUACUUUAUCUGUGGUCUAAAGCUGCAGAUUUACUGGAGAAUGCUGGAGCCAAGGUAGUUGAGGUUUCAAUGCCUCAUACACGCUAUUCUAUUGUAUGUUACCAUGUCUUGUGCACAGCUGAAGUAGCUUCCAAUAUGGCUCGAUUUGAUGGUCUAGAAUAUGGACAUCGGGCUGAUGUUAAGGACUCAACAGAGGCCAUGUAUUCAGCAACCAGAAGGGAAGGGUUUAAUGAUGUUGUACGGGGAAGAAUAUUGUCUGGAAACUUCUUCCUUCUGAAACAGAACUAUGAAAGGUAUUUUCUAAAGGCGCAGAAAGUACGACGCUUGAUAGCAGAUGACUUUGUGAAUGUCUUCAAGUCUGGGGUAGAUGUCUUACUUACUCCAACCACAUUAGGAGAUGCAGCUCCUUACCUAGAGUUUAUACGAGAGGAUAACAGAACUCGCAGUGCCCAAGAGGAUAUCUUUACCCAAUGUGCCAACAUGGCUGGUGUUCCUGCUAUAACCAUUCCUGCCGGCCUUUCGACUCAAGGACUGCCUCUGGGUCUCCAGUUCAUUGGGCAAGCUUUUUGUGAACAGCAGCUCCUCAGUGUGGCCAAGUGGUUUGAAAAGCAAACUAACUUCUCUCCCUUAGCAUUUCAUAAAAAUCAUGAAGAUGGACACAUAGCUAAAAGACAAAGUAAAUCAUCUUCUUCAUUGUAGUCAAUAAAAAAAAAAAAAAAAAGAGGUUGGAGCUACUUACUACUAUGUAAUAUGGUCACAUGUAAAUUCUGUGUACAUAUUGUAUGACCUGCCUAGAGACAUUAUCAUUUAACAUUCGGAAAGCCCAGGCAUUUUCUCCUUUAAUCCACUGUUGCAUUUAGUUGCAGCUUCAUUUAGAGGAGCUUCAUUUAGCUAGCACAGAAACUUGCCAUUGUUCACAGAGAUACCUUAGCAUGAUGUGAACAAAUAACAGCCAGCUCAGGGGAUCAAUCAAUGCUUGUAUAUAGAGGUAGGCCAAAAAUCAGUCCUGAGUCACCAACUCCACCUGCGGUUUGAAAGACAUGGAGUUGACAACAGCAGUGCACUAUGUGAGGAAUGGAACAAAACAAUGUUUCCCAGAUUUUCUUGCAGGAGUGUUGUGAUUAGUUUAUUCAAUCUGGUACGUGUCCUUGAAACACCAUGGGAAGCAAAGAUGGGACACAGCUGAUAAAUAUAUAAGGCUUUGUUCGCACUGUCAGUAAAGUACAAUACAUUACCAUAUUGUCUUUUAUUACUAUAUUAGUAUAGUUAUACACAAGUCUUGUAAACUUCAACUCUUCAAAUACAAGUUAUUUUUGUCCACUAGGUAUACAUUUUUGCCAAGGUGAGACAUGAAUAUUAUGAUUCAAAUGAAUCUGAAUGUUGUUUAAUAAUAUGUUGAAAGACCAAUCAUUCCAACCAUUUCUGAGGGGCCGGCCUCUGCUCUGUAACCUAGUGACUGAGAAAAUCUUUGCAGGUAUAAAAAAUACUCUGGUUUUGAUUUAAUGUAUAUUACUUCUCUAUCCACUGGUUCCUGUUUGUAUUAUUACUGUUUAGUUUACCGUCAUCUGUAAAAGUGAAAGGUCAAUUCCUGGCUUCUCAAAAAAUUCUAGUAUUGCCAGAUCAAGCACGUUUGCAUAUAAUCUAACAAAAAAAAAGUGGAACAGCACCUUAUUCUUUAUUGCUAUUCCAUGACAAAAUGCAGGUGAAGGUGCACUGGACUGGGCAGGCUGCCAUUGUGCUGAGGAAUAAAUUGUAGUAUACUACUAUACAUGGUAGACCGCUAUUUCUUAUUUUCUCCAUUUCAAAGGGCAGAACCAGAACUGGGUUGUUUGCCAGUAUCUGACCAAUCACUCACAGUACCUACCGUAUUUUCCGGCGUAUAAGCCGACAGUUAAAAUACAGAGUUUGGAUUAUACUCGCCGUAUAAGACUACCCCUCUACCGCGAUGUAUGGUACUUUACCAUUGUUCCCCCCACACUGGGUUGUCAGCAUAGUUCCCCACACUAGGUAGGCAGCAUAGUUCCCCCUACAUUAGGUUGUCAGCAUAGUCCCCCCCCCCCCCCCACAUUAGGUUGUCAGCAUAGUUCCCCCUACAUUAGGUUGUCAGCAUAGUUCCUCCUACAUUAGAUUGUCAGCAUUGUUCCCCCACAUUAGGUUGGCAGCAUAGUUCCCCCACAUUAGGUUGGCAGUAUUGUUCCCCCCACAUUAGGUUGGCAGCAUAGUUCCCCCACAUUUAGGUUGUCGGCAUAGUUUCCCCACAUUAGGUUAUCAGCAUAGUUCCCCCACAUUAGGUUGUCAGCAUAGUUCCCCCACAUUAUAUUGGCACUAUAGUUCCCCCACAUUAGGUUGUAGUUCCCCCACAUUAGGCUGGCAGUAUAAUUGCCCCACAUUAGAUUGUAGCUCCCCACAUUAGGUUGGCAGUUCCCCCACAUUAGCCUGGCAGUAUAGUUCCCCCACAUUAGGUUGGCAGUAUCGUUCCCCCCACAUUAGGCUGGCAGUAUUGUUCCCCCCACAUAAGGUUGGUAGUAUAAUUCCCCCCACAUU